GCCGUUUGCGUUCCUGGGGGGCUCUGGCGGCCGGGCCGGCAGGACCCAUGCAGCGCAGCCUGCGCACACCCGAGGGAUGUACAAGGGCUGCGCUUGGUGGUGAGGGGCCAAACUCAGGGGUAGAGGAGCCCAGCACCUUUCUGUCUUCUUGCAAACGGCCGCCCCGUUUGGAGUAUUGUGCGUGUCAUUUGUAAUAUGUCUGAUGCCCUCGCAAAUGCAGUGUGUGAGCGCUGCCAGGCUCGCUUUGAUCCCUCGGAGAGAAUCGUGAACAGCAAUGGGGAGCUCUAUCAUGAGAACUGCUUUGUCUGUGCUCAGUGUUUCCGACAGUUCCCAGAUGGACUCUUCUAUGAGUUUGAGGGUCGAAAGUAUUGUGAGCAUGAUUUCCAGAUGCUGUUUGCACCCUGCUGUGGGCAAUGUGGUGAGUUCAUUAUUGGACGUGUGAUCAAGGCAAUGAAUAAUAAUUGGCACCCAGAAUGCUUCCGUUGUGAGCUCUGUGAUGUGGCACUUGCCGACCUAGGCUUCGUAAAAAAUGCUGGCAGGCACCUGUGCAGGCCUUGCCAUAAUCGGGAGAAAGCCAAGGGGCUAGGCAAGUAUAUCUGUCAGAAGUGCCACCUGAUAAUCGAUGAGCAGCCUCUGAUGUUCAGGAAUGACUCCUACCAUCCAGAUCACUUCAACUGCACCCACUGCGGGAAGGAGCUGACUGCUGAGGCCAGGGAGCUGAAAGGGGAACUCUAUUGCCUGCCCUGCCAUGACAAGAUGGGUAUCCCAAUCUGUGGAGCCUGUCGCAGGCCUAUCGAAGGACGAGUGGUCAAUGCUCUGGGGAAGCAAUGGCAUGUUGAGCAUUUUGUUUGUGCCAAAUGUGAGAAGCCAUUUCUGGGGCACCGCCACUAUGAGAAAAAAGGACUGGCUUACUGCGAGACUCACUACAACCAGCUCUUCGGAGAUGUCUGCUACAACUGCAGCCACGUGAUCGAGGGGGAUGUGGUGUCAGCUCUCAACAAGGCUUGGUGUGUGAACUGCUUCUCCUGCUCCACCUGCAACAUCAAGCUCACACUGAAGAACAAGUUUGUGGAGUUCGACAUGAAGCCAGUGUGCAAGAAAUGCUAUGAAAAAUUCCCUCUGGAGCUGAAGAAACGUCUGAAAAAGCUGUCUGAGCUGGCCUCCAGGAAAUCGCAUCCCAAAGCUAUGGAUUUAAACUCUGCUUAAAUAGGUCUGUCAUUCUGCUGACUGCACUCUUAUCCUCACAGACUGCAACUUGCAGCAGCUACUGAUCACAAAGGGAGCUGUUAAGAUGUCUGAAACAAUCCACAGACAAAUAGUACCUCCUCCAGCUUUUGUUACUGCAGCUUUCACCCUGAAUGUCCCUUUACUCAGGCAGUUGCAAAUUAACACUGACAGCAUGGGGAGUUUGGCCUCUGCUGAGGGGGUAGGGCAGAGCAAUGAGUAUGGUAGUUAGCUGGCAUUAUUCUGCCAUUGAUCAAAUGUACACAAUUUGUUUUUCUGUCCUUCAUCGUUUCUUCAAUGAGCUGAAGUUCUCUCUCCUGUAGCCUGAGGAAUUUGGAAAGAACAGUGGUUUAAAUAUCAGAUGGUGAAACGUGCAGAUUGUUCAACACCAGUUAUAAGUAUUAAGGAUUCUUUAAACGACUUGUAUGCAGAGCUUUUCACCUAUAGGACAAUGUUCUGAAUGUGGCCCAAAAUUACCACCAUCUGAUAACUGUUUGGUAUGUCCAAAAUGAGCUGGUCUUUGUUUAGAUUCCCAGUGAACAAAUAUCCACAUAACAAAAACUGCUGCAGCAAUCGCCCUUCUUGACACCCUUGUUGACAUUUUAUCUAGGCAAGGCAAGGCAAGGAGUGAAUGGGCACAGAGUCUAUGCUACCUACUCAGCUCAGUCCAGGCCAGAGUGGAUGUAUAGUGUCUGGGCAGCGCACAGAAGUUGCGCUACUCUUUUCCUGGUUGAUGCGUAGCGGAUUUCAGUCUCUGAGGCUCUCAGUUUGAUACUUUUCAAAAGCACUCAAUUCCCUUACAGUUGAAGGGGGAUAUGUAGUGCGAGGAUGAAGGCAGUGUGUGCUAGGAACUAAUAUUCAAUGUUUACUUGCCAGUUCUCCAUUAGAUCAUUGAUAGCCAAGGCUUGGAAUUGCCCAGUGUGAUAUAAUACCCUACCCACUGACACACCUGCCAUUACCCUCUACAGUACCUGCACUAUGACUGGAGGUGUGGUUACUCUUUUGCAUAACAAAAACCCAGUUGGCGGAUCUGGUAAUUGUUAAACACUUCAGUCUGAGCCAAGCCUUUUCCUUUGUUUGAAUAGAAAGACUACCUUCUCAGCUCAGUUUCCAUGCACUCCGUGUAUGUCUACACUGCAGUUAAAAACCCAUCGCUUGCCUGUACCAGCUGACUUGGGUUAAUGGGGCCUGGGCUGUGGAGCUGUUUAACUGCAGUGUAGACUUCUGAGCUUGGGCUGGAGCCUGGGCUCUAGGACCCUUAGAGUGAACCAAAAGAGCCUUCAGACUCAUACCUGUAAAUCUUGUAGGAAGACACUAGCUGUGUCCACGCUACAAUUUUGCACCUUGCUAUUACUGAUGCAACCUUGUUGGUGGUAGCACCAGUGGAUGCUGUCAUGUAGACAGGUCACUAAACAGCUUGUAGUGUUUUAGCCACCUUGGGCAUGUCUUCACUGCAGAAUUAACUUGGUGAUUGGUGCCUAGCUUAGGUGUAACAGGCCACACUGCAGAGCCCUACCCAAGUUACUGUGUACUCAGUGGUGCUGCAGUCACCUGUCUUGAGAUGUUAGGACUUCCAGAGGCACAUGAUACCCCAUGGUUCUUAGCACUGCAGUAAGAUGAACCACUGUGAUUCUUUCCCAGUGAAUAAUGGGAGAACUUGUCAGUCCUGGGUGCAGGAGGGGAAUUGUGGGAAGGCAUUGGAGGACUAUCAACACUUAAGUGAUUUAGCCUGUGUCCUUGCUGCAGAGUGGGUAGGUUACCAGCUCAAUAAGCUUUAGCCUAUACCCACAGCUGGGCCAAUGAGCCCUGGUGUAAAGCAACACCACACUUGGGUGAGAGGUUUUUGUGUGUGGAUGGGAGCUGGGUUAAUGCUGCAGGGAAGACAUAUCCCCUGUUGUCUAACCCUGCUUAGAGCAAACACACACAACCGUGGCUAAAAUGCUGAUGGCUGCUCUACACGAGAGCACUUGCUGUUGCUACCACCAGUGAAGCUGCACCAGAGAUAGUAAUGUUGAAAAAUAUUAGGGGAAAAGGUUAGUGCAGACAAGGACUCCCCGUGCAAGGCUCCUGGUUAGUUAGCUGCUUUCCUAAUACACCUCUAUCCCAAUAUAACACUGUCCUCAGGAGCCAAAAAUAUCUUACGCGUUAUAGGUGAAACCACGUU